AUGGCUGCCGCUUCUCGUGUAGCCAUUAGCGGAUGCAGCCGCUUGUCGACCACAACCAGCAAAUUCAAGGAAGGGUCUUACGAGCUCCAGCAAUUCAAUACCUUCGAUAAUCAGCUGCUUCCGACGUCUGCGCGAUGCAAAGCGAGGCGUGAUGACUUUGGUAAACCAAUUCGCGGGAGAAGCCCUCGAGUCCUGACCGUCAUCUCCGCGUCGUCAGACCGGAGCCGUGACUUGGGCGAACCCGCCGUUUGGCAAGGAGCGCGGGAACGUAGAGGCGGGAAAAACGGACGAGCGCCGAGGCGAAGCGUCGCUGCCGCAGCAGCUCCGCGAGACGGACGAGAAGGGCCGGCUCUGGGUGAUGUGGACGGCAAGGCGUGGUUCGAGGAUGACGUGGAGUUCGUGCUCCACCUGGCGAGCGACGAGGAGCUGCGCGAAUUAUGGGAUAUUCUCUACGGCCGCAGCCUCUUCAGCCCCGUGUUUAAGUCGAUCACUGCGGGGGAUGGUUCCGCGUCUGCCGCGCAGCUGUUUAGCGCGGCUUUUGGGGAGAGCAGCGAGGGGCUGGAGAGGGAGGAUCUAAUUCAACGGCUGGAGGCCCGAUUUUUCUUCCUGUCCGCUGAUGCGCGAGACACCGUGACUGGCAACCGCCCUUCGUACCGAGAUGUGCUGCUGACGGUGCGGCAGCGGCUGGGAGUGCGUUGCAGUGUGUCGCUGUCCACGCCUGACCUAGAGAGCGAAAUAUUCCUGCACUUGCUCAACAACUAUGCGGACACUAUGGAAGAGGACAUCGGCAGCAGCAGCAGCACUAGCAGCAGCUCUGGGAGCCCAUGGGCUGUAGCAGGGGAAUGGGCCAUGGGACAAGAGGGCAAAGCCGCAGAGGAGAACAGAAGAAGUACAAGAGACAGCAACUGGGACUUGGGGUUUGGGAAUGAGGAGGAGGAGGAGAGAGGCAAGGGAGGGGGGUUGGGGUCGUGGGCUGUGGGGACUCUGCGCAGUGGUGUGAGAGCAGCGAUGCGCAUGGGGCGCGAUGAGAUUCUUGCUACGUUUCUUAAGGGCGGGUCGGCUUUAACCCUCACUACUGUCAAGAAACUGCUGCUAUCGCGCAUCACUGGGCGGGUACUGUACGAGCGAGCCAAGUACGAAGUCACACAGAUGGCUCUUAAAAGGGGUGGGCAGCUUGUACUGUCCACAAUCGAGUCUCGCCUGGCGUUCUACAGUGCCAAGCAGGGUCUGGCAGCAGCAACGGCUCGGUAUGUCAGCCUCAGAAGCGCCAUGGCUUUACUCGGGCCUCUGCUGUGGGGUGCGUUCAUAGCAGACGUGGUGGUGCAGUCAUUGGGAACAGACUAUGCUCGUGUGGUCAGAGCUAUCUUCUCAUUCGCACAGACACAUUCCAACGCUAGAACGGCAGGUCUCUGGCAUCCUUGCCCCGAGCGCCAAGCUCAGCGCGCUGCAGCAGCUGCUGCAGUCAUACACCCAGACGCUCGCACUGUGCCCGGACUUCCUGGAAACCCAGCAGGUCGGCUUCCCUCUCCUUGCCGCCACCUCUGCUCCCAGGUGAAUUCCUUCUCCUUCUCCUUCUCCUCCUUCUCUUUCUUCUCCUUCUCCUUCUUCUCCUUCUCUUUCUUCUCCUUCUCCUUCUUCUCCUUCUCUUUCUUCUCUUUCUUCUCCUUCUCCUUCUUCUCCUUCUCCUUCUUCUCCUUCUCCUUCUUCUCCUUCUUUUUCUUCUCCUUCUCCUUCUUCUCCUUCUUUUUCUUCUCCUUCUCCUUCUUCUCCUUCUAUUUCUUCUCCUUCUCCUUCUUCUUUUCCACUUCUCCUUCUCCUCCUUCCCGUUUCCCUUCACAUAAGAGGAUACCCCAUCCACCCUUCUCCCCAUUCCCCCCUCCUUGCCUCCCACCCACCCACCCACGCCUCUCUCCCCUCCUCGCCCCUCUUCCCACACCUCUGUGUUUCCGUGUCUCCCUCUCACCUCUUCUCCCUCUUCCCUCGCCCCUCUCUUCCCUCACCCCACCCGUGGUGCAUCCAGGCCGCACAUCUCCUGCCUAUCCUUCCACCCCUCGUCCUUCUCCGCCCCUCGCCUCGCUGCUGCUACCUCCACGGGCCUGCUCGCAGUCUACUCCUCCUCUGCACAGCACAUCUCAUCCGUGCAUGACCUCUCUCCAGUGCAAGAGUGCCGCGUGGGAAGGAACGGGGUGGAGGGAAUGGCAUGGGGGCUAG